UGUUUUGAGUAGUUAGGUCUACUUAGCCAUGGCACGAACAAAGCAGACAGCUCGGAAGUCCACCGGCGGCAAAGCGCCGCGCAAGCAGCUGGCCACCAAGGCGGCUCGCAAGAGCGCUCCGGCCACCGGUGGCGUCAAGAAGCCCCACCGCUACCGCCCCGGUACCGUGGCCCUGCGCGAGAUCCGCCGCUACCAGAAGUCGACCGAGCUGCUAAUCCGGAAGCUACCUUUUCAGCGCUUGGUACGGGAGAUCGCACAGGACUUUAAGACCGAUCUGCGCUUCCAGAGCUCGGCGGUGAUGGCGCUGCAGGAGGCUUGUGAGGCCUACCUGGUGGGGCUAUUUGAGGACACCAACCUACUCGUCUUGCUCGUCAUGUCUGGCCGCGGCAAAGGCGGGAAGGGUCUUGGGAAAGGCGGCGCUAAGCGCCACCGUAAGGUGCUGCGCGACAAUAUCCAGGGCAUCACCAAGCCGGCCAUCCGGCGCCUUGCUCGCCGCGGCGGCGUGAAGCGCAUCUCCGGCCUCAUCUACGAGGAGACCCGCGGGGUGCUGAAGGUGUUCCUGGAGAACGUGAUCCGGGACGCCGUGACCUAUACAGAGCACGCCAAGCGCAAGACGGUCACCGCCAUGGAUGUGGUCUACGCGCUCAAGCGCCAGGGCCGCACCCUCUACGGUUUCGGCGGUUGAGCGUCCUUUUCUAUCAAUAAAAGGCCCUUUUCAGGGCCACCCUA